CCAUCAAUUCUUGUUUCUUGUUUCUUUGUACUUUGACAAAUUUAUAAGAUAAUAUCCACACCUUUUUCCUUAUAUAUUCCCAUUUACGUGCUUCUUUCUCCCUUCCACCUCAUUUCCAACAAUUCCCAUCAACAACCUUUUAAUUCUAAGUUACAUUCUUCCUAAUAAACUCAGCUUCAAAUUUUCUUCUUACUAUACUAAAAAUAAUAUAUUGAUAUGGGUAGCCAAGAAUCAGAAAGAGUCAUCACAGGUUGGGCUGCUAGAGAUCCCUCUGGAAUUCUUUCUCCUUACUCUUACUCUAUCAGGAAUCCAGGAGCAGAAGAUGUGUACAUAAAGGUGCUAUCAUGUGGAAUAUGUCACACAGAUCUUCAUCAGGCGAAGAAUGACCUUGGCAUGUCUCACUACCCCAUGGUUCCUGGACAUGAGGUGGUGGGUGAAGUGGUGGAAGUAGGAUCAAGUGUGAGCAAGUUCAAAGUAGGCGAUUGCGUCGGAGUUGGGGUGAUCGUUGGAUGCUGUAGAGAUUGCCGUCCUUGCAAGUCAGAAGAAGAGCAAUACUGCAACAAGAAGAUAUGGUCUUAUAAUGAUGUUUAUACUGAUGGUAGACCUACUCAAGGUGGCUUUGCCACUAACAUGGUUGUUGAUCAAAAAUUUAUAGUGAAAAUACCAGAUGGAAUGGAACCAGUGCAGGCAGCCCCACUAUUAUGUGCAGGAGUGACAAUAUACAGCCCACUAAAACAUUUUGGGCUAAACAAGAGUGGGCUAAGAGGAGGAAUAUUGGGCCUAGGAGGUGUGGGCCACAUGGGAGUAAAGAUAGCCAAAGCAAUGGGCCAUCAUGUGACAGUCAUAAGCUCUUCCGAUAAGAAGAGAAAGGAAGCAAUAGAUGAUUUGGGUGCUGAUGAGUAUGUUGUUAGCUCAAAUGCUGAGAAAAUGCAAGAGUUGAGUGAUUCACUUGACUACAUUAUUGACACUAUACCUGUUUUUCACCCACUUGAGCCUUACCUUCCUCUCUUGACAUUGAAUGGCAAAUUAAUUUUGAAUGGUGUCAUCAAUACUCCUCUUCAAUUUCUCACUCCUAUGGUCAUGCUUGGGAGAAAAUCAAUUACAGGAAGCUUUAUAGGAAGCAUGAAGGAGACAGAGGAAAUGCUACAAUUUUGCAAUGAAAAAGGCUUGACAUCCCAAAUUGAGAUCGUUAAGAUGGAUUACGUUAAUCAAGCUAUGGAAAGGCUUGAGAAGAACGACGUCCGAUACCGGUUUGUGGUUGACGUUGCAGGCAGCAAGCUUGAUCAGUAGAUCGAUUUUCUCAUAUCUUCUUCACUUGCUAAGAAGUUACUCCAUAACAAGGAAAGUUAGAGUUGUAUUUGAAGAAUGGCAAACUUCAUACAUGUUUUUCUUUCCUUUUGAUUUCAAUUUGUUUGAUUGUAUUCUUCUUAAUAUGUUGAAAUGUGCUGUUUAUAUACAAUAAUUGAAGGUAUUUUUGGGGAGUAAUAACUAAAAUGCUUGAGGAAAAGGGAAGCGCAAGAAAAGAAAGUCAGGGGAAGCAAUGGUGUCCCCCUUAGCAAUUUACUUAAUUGCUCCUUUAUAAUAUAAAUAUUACAUUUUAAAUUUUUAAA